UUCAAUUUAUAUUAUAAAAGUUAUUCCUUUUACAGAACCUAUUCCUUUUACAGUACCUGUUCAUUUUACAGUACCUUGAUAGCCAAGUUAUUCCUUUUACAGUACCUGUUCAUUUUACAGUACCUUGAUAGCCAAAUUCUUAUGGAUGAAUAUCAAAGCAAUUUUGAUUUAGAUGAAGAAUACAAGUCAAAAAAAAUAGAAGUUGGGGCACAAUUUGAAUCAUUUAAUGAUUUGCAAGAAGCUAUAGAUAAAUAUGAAAAUCUAGUGUUUACAAAUUACCAUAUAGCAACAUGUACCAAGCUUGGUAAUUUUGAUGAAAACAUUAUUCAAACAAUACAAUACAAAUAUAUACGUUAUGUUUGUAUACAUGGAGGAAGACACAUUAAAAGUCGUGGGAAAGGAAAACGACUUACCCAAACUUUACAACUAAAUUUCCCAAACAGCUUUUCAGUAAAGCACAUAAUAAUAGGGGAUCUACAUAGGCUAGAGGUUUCCAAAAUGAAUAGUGGGCAUAAUCAUGAUUUGGAUUAUAAUUUAUUCAUGCGUUUACCUAAGCAACGUAAAAUAAAUGAUGAAUCAAGAUCAUUAAUUGUUAAGUGUUUAGAAUAUGAUGCCUCAAUUCCUAAAAUUAAAUAUGACCUCCAACAAAAAGGAGUUUACACAACAAAUCGAGAUUUAUAUAAUAUAAAAAAGAAAAUAUUAUAUCAACCAGGGGACUCUGAGCUCCUGGAUGUUUUUAACUUAUUAAAAAAUUUAAACCCUAAUAAUAUUAUAAAAAUAGUUUCUGAAAACAAUGCCCUUCAUGGGUAUAUUACCAAACCCCAAAUAUGAAGGAUUACUUUAGUGCAUUUUCAGAGAUUCUCCUGGUUGAUGCAACUUAUAAAUUAAAUUAUUAUCAAAUGCCAGUAUUUACUCUCUUUGUUAUUGAUGGCGAAGAACAAACGAGAUUUGCUGCUAUCUGGAUAGUCAAAUCUGAGAAUUAUUUAAUUGUUAAAAAUAUGUGUGAUUUAUUUAAAUCGUACAAUGAUAAUAAUAAUAAAAUUAAAGUAAUAAUUGCAGAUAAGGACUUUGCUGAUAGACAUGCUUAUAGAGUGACUGAUAAAAAUAAAAUACUUACUAAUAAUAUUAAUCAAAAUGAUAUCGAUGGCACUAGAAUUAAUCAUACUAUCAAUGAAAAAAAAAUUCUAUCAUCUGAUGAAAAAUUCAGAAAAAUGAAUCAAAAUGCAUUUAACAAAAUAUAUACAUACUUAAAAUAUGUUUAUAAAGAUAGCCUACUCCUAAAAUUAUUGAACAAUUUGAACAUGCUAUCAAUAUAUUUUCCAACAUCAGGAUUUAAAUUUAAUGACAUGGAUGUUGAACAAAAACCAGAAAAUCCACUGAAACAAGUUAGUGAAGUAGAAAUCAAUUUCAAUAAUAUAAAAAAUAUUGAAAUGCCAGAAAAAUAAGUCCUGGAUAUUUGAAAAGACGCAAAGAUGCUAAAAAUAUGAGAAAAGUGAAAGUGAUGAAAGAAAAACACUUCAAUAUAAUGGACAAAGAAAAUAAUCACAACUUUAAGCAUUUGAUAGAUAUGAAAGAUACUAGUUUUCCCUCAUCAAUAAAAAUUUUCACAAAUAGUAAACCCUUACAAACUCUUUCUGAAAACACAAUUCUACCAGUUUACAUUCAUCAAUGCAAACAUUUAUAGGAUGUGCUAAUCCUAAAAAGCACACUGCUGGCUCAUCAGAUAAGAAUAUAGUUAUCCAUUUGUGUAAUUAUGAUAGACAAAAAGAUUCUUUUAGGCCUCUAUUAAAUACAAAUCAAUUACAAAAAAAGAUAUUACCAGAGGAUACUUCUGCAAAAACGAACAAUGUACUCCACAGUUCUUCUAAAUAACUUUUAUUAUAUAUACCUAAUUAUUUUAUUUUAGUACUACCACAUGGAAAUAAUAUUAGGCCAUUAAAUCCUUUUAGAAUUUUACCAAAUAAUAUGCCCAAACUGACAUUACCAUUAAAUAACACCACAAAUGUCCCAACUUCAAAUUUUUCUUUUGUGAAAGUUGGGAAUAUAUCUACAAGCUCA